AUGGAAACAUUCGCUCAUGCUACAGAGCCUGAGACUAUCUUAGCUGGUUUCUUCCGUAUACUUCGCCCCAGUGGCCGCAUUUCUUUGCUCGAGUAUAACCGUGAGCUAACCGAAAAUGUUCCUGAGGUUCUCGUACUUCCGGGCUCGGUGACCCAGCUCAAAAGCGGCGUGGAUUUGGAAGCCGAGGAUGCUCAAUAA